UUGAUAACGCACGAAAACAUGAUGGCGAUCAAGCAUAUUCUCUUGGCGAUCUUCCUUACUAGCGUAGCUUACGUUCGCUGCGAUGAACUGAGAUUUCUGGUGGUGGGUGAUUGGGGCGGCAUGCCUUUGUUCCCGUAUACUACUCCUUACGAGACAGCCGUUAGCAUUGCUAUGGGAAAAGUCGCACAGGAACUGGGAACACAGUUUACCGUCGCUCUUGGUGAUAAUUUUUAUAUUACGGGGGUGAAAAACGUGGAUGAUAAAAGAUUUAAAGAAACAUUUGAGGACGUGUUCACUGCCGAAUCACUGAUGACCCCGUGGUUCUUUUGCGCCGGAAAUCACGAUCACUAUGGCAACGCAUCUGCUCAGAUUGCCUACAGUUCAAGGUCCGAACGCUGGAAUUUUCCAGACUUUUAUUACACUAAAUCCUGGAAGAUUCCUGGCUCUGAUUUGGAAUUGCAGUUGGUUCUUAUAGACACGGUUCUACUCUGCGGUAAUACUGGACAUGAUCACACCCAUACUCAACCUGAAGGGCCCGAAUCUAUUGAAGUUGCCGAGGCACAAUGGGAUUGGUUGGAAUCUACCCUUCGUUCGUCCACAGCACAUUAUCUGAUCGUUGGAGGCCAUUUUCCAGUCUGGUCUAUAGCUGAGCACGGACCAACCCAAUGUUUAGUUGAUCGACUAAGACCUUUGUUGGAGAAAUAUCACGUGACUGCUUAUAUUAGUGGACAUGAUCAUAACCUACAGCACUUGAAAGAAGCGGACUCCUCGGUCAAUUAUUUUGUAAUUGGAGCUGGCGCAAAAAUAGACAACAAUACCAGCCACAGCAACAAAGUUCCCAAAGAUAGUUCGUUGUUUUUCUGGGCUGACUCCAGCAAGGCAGGAGGAUUUGCUGUGGUGCACAUGGCGGUGGAUAGCACUACACUAGAGAUGUUGGAUUCCCAUGGAUCCUCUGUCUAUAAAGCUCAGCUCAACCCUCGUCAUUCAGGAGCUUAGUUAUUACGCUCCGCUCUGUACCCUUUGUCCUGUCAGUUCGUUUCACGCAAAUUAUUUUGUGUCUCGCAAUGUUUGUUUAAAUCAAAGCGUCGCAGUACCUUAUCUGUUUGGUUUUAUGAGUUAAAUAGGUUUUUUGUGUGUGUUGUCGUGGAAAUCUACGACUGAAUGAGGUUUUCUAGUUUAACUAUUUACAUUUCAUCUUAAUCUUUUCGAAGUAUUCCCGUCUGCACCCUUUUGACUUUUCAAUUUUAGAAAUGAAAAAUCUUUUGAUCAGUAUAAAAUUUCCCAAUUUUAAUACCAAGCCUUCUCUUCUAUACGCACUCCGUUGGGCGGAAUGAAGAGAGACAUGGUAACGAGCUUAGCAACUUUUUAGUACCUUAAUCUUUUUAACAAACUACUCAGGGGUAAACCAAGGAACGGAAAUAAUUGCAUCGUCGUUUACUUUACCUAUGUCUAACCUGCAAAGCUGACUACUCUGUUAGAGGUACUCCUUUCUCUGCCUUUUUCCAAUGCUUAUCAGUAUUCUGAGUCACUGGGUCUGUUGGUCCAAAACAAUUUCUCUUACCUUUCCAUUGCACGUGUUGCAGAUGCAUUGUAAUUUUGUAGGAAUAACUCUAUUCAGAAAGACAAUUAAUGACUUUUUAUCCCAUAAAGUAGAUGAUUAGGUUUUGCUAUAUCCAUUUUAAGUUUAAUUGGGAAACGCUUUAGCCUUGUGCCUAAUGCAGAAGUCAAUCCGUGUUGAACUCCUUCAGGUUCAUCGUGUUAGCUCUGCAUAUUAAGCAAUGCUGUUACAAUACCCUACGAAGGACAAAGCUCGCACGGUACUUCUCUAAAAUGGUUUAGGUGAGGUGUGCCAGGGGUAAACCAAUACGUCAUCCUUGGAGAAUAUCAGUAUUCAGGCCAAAUCGCUUCAUGAUGCAGAAACCGAGUCACGCUGCGGCAAUUAUGCGCCUCGUAGACAGGCCUUAUGAGCAUCUAACAUCAUCGUCCUCGCCAUCCUCGUGAUUCCCUCGCCCAUUCACUCACUCUCUCUUCUUCCUUCCGCUUCGACGUCUCCUUCGCACCCCUGUCGUCAUCAUCAUUAUUGUUAUCAUGACCACUCAUUGUCAUCACCAUCAUCAUCAUAAUGAUCAUCACCAACAUUACCUCAAAAUUCGAAUGUAUUACUCCUUUUGAUUGUCGUGGGUGCUUCCCUGUCAUUCUCGUGGACAAAAAGAAAGGGAUCUCGAUUUCUCUAUUUACAAAAUAUUCUCUUGUGUGAAUAUCACCAGCACUAACGAAACGAUCGAUUCAAGUAAAGCUCUUAUAGGUGGAUACAACUGAGAAGUAGUGAGCACGUUCGUUAAGGGAAUUGGCUUCUUAAGGGAAUGUGUGAAUACCUAGUUUGUGAGGCGAUACGAAAGAAGGGACUCUUUCUCUGGGCGCAGGUGCAUCUGAAAGAACAGAAUUCCUCCGUUGAAUAUUUCGUCAUUGGAGCUGGCGACUUUUUGUGGAAAAGCACCCCGAACAAAGACAAAGUACCACAAGGAAGCUCGCUGUUUUUCUGGGCUGAGUACUUAAGAUUAGGAG